GCUCCUGUGUAUUUUGCAGAUUUGGUGCCUCUAUCGUUGUCCGCGGACGUGUCCGUGUCCUUUUCUGGAGUUGCCCUAACUUCUCCUUCUCUCUGGAAACCCUAAGCCCCUUCUCCCUCCUAAGCCGCCGAUCCGACCCCAAAUCCGAACGCCUCUGCCUCCCGGUCCAAGCCGCACGCCACUAUGCCGGACAUGCAGCCGCUCAUCAGCGACUUCGUCCUCAAGCUCAAGCGACGUAAGGUGGAGGGGUCACAUGCCGUGGCGCGGCAGACGGCGGAGCUGCUGAGGUCAGUGGUGUCGCAGCACCGGAUGGGCAGCACUAACCAAGCGGCUGCUCUCGCAGACGCCAUCCAUGCCGUCGGGGAGCAUCUCAUCGCAGCCAAUCCCAUCGAGCUCGCUGUCGGCAACACUGUGAGACGUGUUUUGCAUAUAAUAAAAGAGGAAGAUAUAUCUUUUACCGCAGUUGGUAUUGAAGGUCUUUCUGUGACUGCUGUCAGCGACGAUGAAUGUGACAGUGGAAAUGAUGACCUUCCUACCUUAUCCGCUGCUGUUCUUGCUUCCCAUGCUAGAAACGCUCUUCGGGCACCUUCAUUGCAGACUCUCCUGGAUGAUAUUCCUGUGAGCACUGCACUUUCACAUUCUUCAUCGUCAGCUGGGGAUUCAGAUGGGAAAACUGGAGAUAAGAGCUUAAAAACUCGGAAACUAAAACAUGAUGUUAUUGCUGCCAUUGGUGAUCUUAUUGAGGAGAUUGAUACAUGUUAUGACCAGAUUUCUGAGCAAGCUGUCGAACAUAUCCACCAAAAUGAGGUCAUCCUAACUCUAGGUCGUUCUAGAACCGUGAAAGAGUUCCUGUAUGCUGCAAAGGAGAAGAAGCGAUCUUUUCGUGUAUUUGUUGCUGAAGGUGCUCCAAGAUAUCAGGGACAUGUUCUUGCGAAGGAGCUGGUCGAGAAAGGUGUACAGACUACUGUUAUAACAGAUUCAGCAGUUUUUGCUAUGAUCUCCCGAGUUAACAUGGUUAUAGUUGGAGUCCAUGCAAUAAUGGCAAACGGUGGAGUCAUUGCACCAGUAGGUAUGAAUAUGGUUGCUCUUGCUGCUCAAAGGCAUGCUGUACCCUUUGUCGUGGUUGCUGGCAGUCAUAAGUUAUGUCCUUUGUAUCCGCACAACCCGGAGGUUUUACUGAACGAGCUUAAAUCACCAUCUGAUUUGCUUGACUUUGGCGAGUUCUCAAAUUGCAUGAACUUCAGUACUCAGGAUGGCACUCCUCUUCUAAAUGUUGCCAAUCCAACGUUUGACUAUGUGCCACCGAAGCUUGUCAGCCUUUUCAUCACUGAUACUGGCGGGCACAGUCCAUCAUAUAUGUACCGGCUUAUUUCGGAGUACUACUCAGCUGAUGAUUUGGUCGUACGGCAGAAGUCAACAUCUUAAAAGAACACAAGGCACGGUGGACUACUCGUGUGUUACCAUUAUUUAUAUGAAGAUAAUGUGGGGUCUUGUUGAAGCCCAAAUGAUGUUGCCACAACCAUUGCAGUUCUUCCUUUUUGCCUGUAUGUAGGGUUGGACGGGGCUGCUCUCUUCAGUGUAAUAGGCUGUUUCCCCCUGGAAGUUCAGUUGUGUAACAUCAUGCUCCUUGUGAUAAUUUAAUUUUGUGGCUUCUUUUUCUGUGUAAACGGCUGAGGCAAUGAGCGCCAAGCGCAACCGUCUAAUCUAUAUGAAUUGUAUUAACUGUAGAAGCUAGAUACAGUAUGUGACGCAGAAUGCAGUGUUGCAGUUUGAAGGAAAGAGUAGAGGGCUGGUUUAGCACAAAUUUUGUCUGCUCUGAAUCCAAAAUAUUAAACUUUGGUCUGGUGUC